AUGAAGACCAAAUCGCCCUCCAAGCCCAAGUCCAAAAGUUUGCAGGUUUCCACAAAGGAGGUCACUUCUCAGCUUUCCAGAUACAAGGUCCUAGACGUUGUCAAAGUCGCCAUUCGCAGAACAUUCACCCACCGCGACAGGAAAGCCAAGGAUGUUGAGACGGACAUGAUAGCGUCCCUCGAUGCCUUGACCGAGGAAACUGCCCAAGUCAGCCGGCUGAUGCUUGCCAACCACGCCGAUCUGAUGCGCCAGUACGAUCAAACGAUACGGUCGAACGAGGAAGAAAUGCGAGAUUUUCAGAAGCAGGUGGAGUAUGACUUGGAACGGAUUAGUGUGUGA